GUGAGACAGGGAAGUUUUACUGUGGAAUGAAACUGUUGACAUGUACAUGCUGUGACGGACAUUGUGGACCAGAAAAUGGGUGUAACUGUGAUGCUUGUGCUGCCCUGGAUAAGGAGGAGGAGGAGAAUGGGGCGGAGCUUGCUCGAAAACCUCCACCUGCUGGUCCCAUGAUUGACAGCUGGACAUGGGGAGAGGAACCAGACAUUGCAAAGCUAGAAGCAUGUCUCAAGUCAUUGCUACACGAGAACCAGCAGUUAUGUACAGAGGCAGCAUGCACUUCCCUGUCAACCACACGACUCCAGCAACGGCUGGCUGUACUCGAGCGCUACUUCAGCGCCGUCUCCAGGCAAACACCACCAGAGAAAAGUGGUCCAUCCAAAAAGAGUCAGGCAAAUCAAACCAAUCUGAACAAACAGAAAAGCAAUAUAAAACCAGCAGAGAAAGCAACCAUGGGCCUGGCUAGAGUAGGGUCUCGGGCAGCACUUAGUUUCGCCUUUGCUUUCCUUCGGCGCGCAUGGAGGUCUGGAGAAGAUUCGGACCUGUGUUCAGAGCUGUUGCAAGAGUCCCUAGAAGCCCUGCAGUCUUUGCCAGAGGCCAGUUUAUUUGAAGAUGGCUCUGUUUCUGGUGUAUGGCUGGAUGUUGUAGAAAGAGCUGGGAAGUUUCUCCAUUCUGUUGUUGCUGGAGAUUUGAACUCCUCUAGUGCAUCAAGUGGGAAGAGCCCAGUCCCUGUUCAAGACCAGCAGACAGCUCUGGCUCUCAUCCUAGAGCUAGCGGUCCAGCGUGGAACCCUGAACCAUGUGCUACGUAGUGUUCUCCUUCUCCUUAACUUGUGGAACAACAGUCGUCACGAUUUUGAUAACCGUGUUAGUAGUAACCUGUACAGUGCCCCGCUUAUACCACUACUCAAAAGAUUUCAGAGCAUACAGUGUGCAAAAUCACGAGUCAUUGAGCCGGCAAAAUGGGAUGAGAGCAACUACUAUGUGAGCCCAACAGAAUGUUUUCUCCGUUACCUGACAUUCCCGGAGGAUGCGAGCUUGGCGGUAGAUUUACGUAUGAGCGCAGUGGUAAUGAUGUCCCAUUUAGAUAGACUGUGUCAACCCUACCUACCACUGACAGCUUCACAGAAGUGUCAAAAGACAAGCUUAAUGCAGGAGGUAAUUGCCUGGGGUUGGUUUGCAUGGAAAGGCGGGAAUAUGACAAGCGGACCAAUUACAUUGGACUUCCUGAAUGAUGUGGGCGGAGUUCAGCAGAUUGUAUGCGCAGAGAGGGUGAUGACUGUUCUAGCAGGAAAUGGAAAUGUAUAUUUGAUAUCAUACACAUCGGAAGCUGCUUCCAUGUGGCUGAUAGGUGGUUUUGGGGACCGUGAAGUCGUGAAGCUGGCUGCACACCCUGAUGGUAAACAUUACCUGGCAUUGACAAAAGAUGGAGAGGUCUUGUCCUGGGGAAAUGGUGAUGGGGGCAGGCUAGGACAUGGUGACAAUAUUGCAAGGGAAGAGCCUACUUUAAUCACUGCCUUGACUGGCAAGCAGGUUGUAUAUAUCACAUGUGGUAGUACAUACAGUGCUGCUGUUACUGCCAGUGGGGAGCUCUACACCUGGGGAAGAGGGAACUACGGGCGCCUUGGUCAUGGUGGUAGUGAGGACUAUUGCACCCCAAAUCUUGUCACCGCACUGAAAGGACAUAAAGUGAUAGAUGUGGCACUUGGAAGUGGGGAUGCUCAAACCAUUGCAGUCACAGAUACAGGUGCGGUUUAUUCAUGGGGAGAUGGUGACUAUGGUAAACUUGGUCGAGGUGGUAGUGAUGGGUGUAAAACACCAAAGGUGAUUGAGAAGUUGAUGGGGCAGGACGUAGUGAAGGUGUACUGUGGUGCACAGUUCAGUAUGGCAUUGACAAAGUCUGGAUCUGUUUUCUCAUGGGGUAAAGGUGAUAACUAUCGUCUAGGACAUGGUACGGAGGAACAUGUACGUGUACCUAAACAAAUUGAACAUUUCGGUGGGAAGAAAAUCGUGGAUAUUUCAGUCGGUUCAAUGCACUGUCUGGCGGUCAGUGAGGACGGCGAUGUGUAUGGAUGGGGUCGCAAUGACCAGGGUCAAUUAGGGGACAUGUCAAUACAGUGCAGGACAGAACCAACAUUGUUAACUGGUCUAGACGGCAAGAAAAUUAUAGGAGCUGCAUGUGGACCCUCACAGAGUUUCGUGUGGUCUUAUGGUGGUCACUCUACUGUUGGUAUGAGAGUGCCAUUUGUUGUGGACAUCAGCAAGGCCACUUUUGAACAGCUGGACGAGCUGUUAGCAGAGGUAUGUGAGGGUAUGGACGGACACAGUGACUGGCCACCGCAACAAGAGAAAGAGUGUAUGGCAGUAGCAGGCCUAAAUCUACUUAAUCUGCAGCUCCAUGUUGCCAUCUCCCACAAUGAGAGCUUUGAACAACUUGGGCUAGGAGCCGGCAGCUCUCUGGUUACCAGCUUGAAGAAGAGGGUUGUCUCCCUUGCCAGUAAUAGUGGAGUUAUCUCCACUGUACAGAUGGCAGCCCAGAACACAUUACAGAAUGGCUGGUCAAUUCUCCUCCCUACAGCUGAGGAGAGGGCUAGAGCUCUAUCUUCAUUAUUGUCUUCAGGAGCAGGUAGAGAUGCGUCAGGUAUGAGUGCUGGUCAAAGAUUUAUGACUGACCUUCUGGUGAGCAGUUUGAUGGCAGACGGUGGACUAGAGUUUGCAAUGGAGGAAGCAAUCAAGAAAGAAAAAGAGACAUUUGAAGAGAAAAAGGAAUCAGAGGAGAAAGAGGACCAGAAAACACCAGACUCUGAGGCAUCUAGUGAAACGAAGCUUGAACCCGGCACCGAUAUAGAGGAGGACUCCAGUGCUAGCAUUCCACUCCUUCAACUAAUCCAACAGUUACUUAGGAACUCUUCAUCACAUUCCCAGUCGUUGUUACACGAGUUGUCUCGGGAUGGUGUCGUGAAGAUGGAGGAGACGGUAAUGAAGGACACAUCACCAUCGCUUGACCUACUUUUACAGUUCCAGAGGUUACUCAUCGCCAAAAUGUUUCCAAAACAGAACUGUUGUCUGGCCUCACCAACUGAUUUAGAUUUCACACUUCAAGGAGCAGGUUCCCUGCUUAAGAAGUACACCUCCCUGUUAUGUAACCAUGUCAAUGAUAUACUGCCCCUAGGGGCCAGCUUGGCAAAUAUCAGCUCUAAACAUUUCUCUCUAGUCUCGAAAAUUAUCACUAGUGAUGUAACAGGGGUUCUUUUACCUGAGAUGUUAACCUGUAUGGUUCUGCUGCAGCUCCGUAGCCCGGCUGUAGUUCAGAUGUCUGGAUCGGUUCCUAUCCUAGAACAAGUAUUAGAUAUUCUGGAUAAAUAUAACAGGCUGGCACCCGGUCUUGGCAGGGAGGAUAGGGAAGAUCUGUCAUGGCCAGGAGUUUGGAGUCAUUCAUUAGACAAGAUUAGCCACAAGAGCCAGGAUGAUGUACAAACAAUACGUAAAGCUGAUCUCGAGAAUCAUAACAAAGAUGGUGGAUUGUGGAUCAUAAUCCAUGGCAAGGUUUAUGACGUCCACGAUUUCAAGACACAGGCACGGUGCGGGUGGGAGGUGCUCACGGAGUACGCUGGUCGGGACGCCACAGCAGCUUUUGAAAAUGCUCAUCAUUCUAUAGAAGCUCGUGAAAUGUUGCAUGCCUUUUAUGUUGGACAGUAUGUAGAGCCUGAAAAAGACAUAAUUCAGCUAAUGGACACAAGUACAGCCUCCUCACCCCUGAUGGAUACUGAACGUACCCUCAGUCUUCUGCUAGGUUUGCACGCGGCACAGCAGGCACGUAGCACACCCCUGUCACAGGAUGAACUUGAGUGCAGUGACUGGCUCAGCUCAGACUUCUUCCGUGGUGGCCUGCAGUUACUACAACCCAGGAAUCCGUUUGAGGAGGAGAAAGGGGAGAGUAGGUCAUCUAGUGUGACCACAACACCAGGAGCAGGUGCAACAAGCAGUGCCUGUGAGAUGACUAGUUCUGCCAUAGAAGAUAAAGAGGCCCUGUUUGACCGUCAGGCCUCUAUCUCAGAUGUGUCGAGGCCCUUCCUGCAGGCUAUGGUGGAGGGUAAAUGUCAGGAUCUGGCUGUGAAGACAUUCCUUGGUAUGGCCGAGAGAUAUUCCAAACAACAUCAUAUCAGUUUACCCAUAGACUUCCCACCUGAGCAUCCAGUUGAAGAAGUUGGAAGGUUACUUCUGGCAGUAUUGAUCAAGCAUCAUGAUUUGGCUCAUGUUAUACUCGGACUUAUAGAGCAUGGACAAGGGGAUGCUGGGAAAUUAACAUUCCCGAAGGCUAUCAUAGAACUUCUCCGAGUUGUAGGACAAGUGAAACGCUCACUUAUAAAGGCCCAUCAAGAUCAGAGCAGAUCCUAUAAAGAGGUCUGCGCUCCUGUCAUAGAGCGAUGUCACUUCCUGUUUAAUGAACUACGACCUGCGAUUGGGAAUGAAGUGAAUGCAAUGAGUCGGUCAAAACUUCUACACAGCACAUCUAGGUGGAAAAUGGCCAUUAAUAAAGUUAUAGAGGAAAACAGGAAGAGAAUUUCACCAGUGGUGGUAACGUUGAAUGUCGGUGAUGUUGAAAAGUCAGUCCCAGAAGAAAGUGAAGAUGGGAAAAGUGAAGGUCAUCUUCUACUAGGGAGCCAAUCAGAAGAAGCCCCAGGUGGCAGCACUGACAGUUCAGGAGGUGGAGCUAAAGGAAGUGAGGUCCAAUCAGAACCUGGGGAAUUUGUGGUGAAAGUGUUCGGCAAGAAUGAGGCUCCACUAGGGGAUUCUUUGGAAGAAGAACAUGACAUUGAGUUGGUAGAUGGAAGUGCUGACGUUGAAGGUCUUCCCCCAAUGGAAGGAAGUGGACAUGCUGGACAUCAUAAAAAGAAACAGGGAAAAAGUAGGAGAAAGAAAGAUUCCUGGGAUUCACUGGUCAGUAUGGUGACCAGUAGUCAAAAGUUGAGCUGGCUUCGUCAACGCCUCACUGGGUCUCGGACAGAGAUGCCACUGGUUAACAAAAUUGUAGAAUUUGUCAUGCAUGAAAAUCCCAUUGAUAUAGAGAAACUUAGACGGUCUCUACACCAUCAGGUAGGAGAGCUGAGACCCGGGGCUAAAGCAAACCUGUACCACAGUGUCUUACCUACAUUUCUCACCAAACCUGUACCACAGUUUCUAAUCUACAUUUUCUCCUGUAUCUUUACAGCAAACCUCAAACCUGUACCACAGUGUCUAACGGACAUCACACUGAUUCCACCAUGUGACCGUAUACUUCUGCAGAUGACAUUCUCCGAGCUGUACCGCUGGUCUACACAGGAAUUGAGGCACAAUGUUCUACAGGUGGAUAUCACAAUUAAAUCCAAGGGAGUGAAUCCAUGUCAGUUAAGUCAAAACAGCCAAGAUAACACAAAGGAGAAAUUGAACCUAGGUGUGUUGCCUCAGGCAAGAUUCAUACUUGCUCACCUUGGACUGCUGGUAUCAGAGCAUCAAGGAAACAGCCUGAGUCUGCUGCUGAACUCUGGGGUUCUAGCUCUAACACAGAGUAUUCUUAGACUUAUAGGUCCAGAUCCGGAGCGAGUUUUACAGGACACAAGCAGCUCUACAAUAUGUGCUGUACUUGAGGAACAGAAGCACAAGAAGCAGGCUGCACGAGUUCCGGUCUCGGGUUCCGGCAAACUAGGGCUUUAUGAAGAUAGGUACAAGAGUGGUGAGAGCAAUGAUGCUGGAGUAAGAGUACAGUGGGAUUCUGGUAGCACCAAUAGUUACCGAAUGGGGAAGGAAGGGAAGUACGACCUAAAACUAGCAGAACCUCCAGAGAUGCCCGAUAAUGAUGAAGAUGAUGAUGAAGAAUUAGCACCAAAUAAAGACUCAAAGAAAACUGAAAGUAAACAUCCAACAUCUUUGAUAAGAAAAGCAACAUUGACCUUACUGAGGGUUGUUUCCGUGGCAACAGGAAUACAUUCAGAAUCUACACAGAAAGAAGCUGUAGGUACAUUGUGCGGAUUGAUGAGGAAUAUAGUGGAUUGUGGAUGUAAUUAUGGACUAAAUGCCAAUUCAGUGUCUGUACAGAUUGCCUGCGAGCAACACUAUAGCUGGUGUUCUCUGGGAUUUCUACGUAGUAUAGCAACAGGACCGACGGUCUGCAAAGCUCUCAGUUCUCAGAGAUGGGUGGAUCUUCUCUUGAAGAUAUUGGAGGAAGAAAAAGCACAUAAACAAGCCAAUGUUUCUAAACAGAUACUGACAAUAAAGCUUUUGAGAACUGUACUUCCAUCUUGGGAUCAAAAUGUAGAGGAAGCCAGGGUCCAGACCAUUGUUAAUAGACUUAUACACUUACUGGGAUCCAUUCUGGUUUCCUGCUCAGCUGACCCAACACUUGUUCCACAUGUGGAUUCUCCAAGACGUCAGCGUCACCGAGCACCUGUCUCCUUGACAGCAUCGUAUACUAGCACUGUUGCCGAAGAACUUGUUCUGUUGCUAAGGAAGCUUCACACCCUAGAUACGUGGAAUGCGUGUAUCAACCAGUUGAUGGUGAAACAUCUGAGAUCAUUGCCACAUAUCAUGUUGGACCACCAUGUUGGUGCUAAGAACGACCCAUCACUGGCUACAGAUGAAGCCUCUGUCCUGGCAAUGUUGGCAGUGAUUGGUGGAGUAGACAGCAGGCCCCGCCUUGGAGGUGUGGUUAAAAUAGAUGAUGUUGGCAUGGGAACGAUAUCUAAGAUAACACCUCGUGGAAAGAUUCUAGUGCAGAUGAAUGAUGGAAAUGUGACAUCAUCCAGACUGAAUACUCUUAUACCAGUACAGUGUUUGGAGUUUGAUGUGGACAAGUUGUCCGUGUCGGAGGAGAUUGUGAACAUGCUGGCUACGAUGUUGUGCCUGGCCUGCCACAUAUACAAGGGGGAGAAAGAUGGUCGGGACUCGGACAAGGCACCACUGGCCACAAGUACAACCACUGUAGAGUCUGAAGGAACAAGGGUUGACAUGGCAGAUUUGAGGAAGCAGCAGAUAAAACUUGGUAUGUUACGAGCCGGCCGAGUUCUCUUGCAACACCAGAAUUUCCUCCGUAAAAUCCUCACCCAGGUUACACUACCGGAACUCCAGCAUGCCGAGGUUGAUAAUAGCCCUAGUGACGAUGAUUAUUCACCAGAUACGGGAGAAUCUCCCAACACGAUAUUACAACAGUUUCUAAUGUCUGCUACUCAGCCCUCUCCACUGAAAGCUUUAUUUGGUCGAGACGAGCUAGAGGCGGCUUGUUUGUCCGUCUGUCAGUAUCUUACAGCAUCUAGAGACUGCUUCGAGGAGGAGAUUGAUGAGUCAGACUCGGACAGUGAGGUCGCACCGUUCCAAGCUCCGCUACCUGCACCAGCUGUCAUACCAAUUGUGAAUCCAGCUGUGCCGACGGUUCUUGGGAAACCUAAAUUGAAGAAGAGCCGACCUAGUGUACCUCCACCUUUACCGGAAGUGACCAGAAUUAUGGAGAUGGGAUUUCAAAGAAAACAGGUGGAAUUCGCCAUCAAAUCUCUUGGUGGUUCAUUGGCCUCAGCAUCAGAUAUACCAAGUCCAGAGUCUGUGGUGAACUGGUUGAUCGAGCAUGUAGAAACAUUGCCGGCGGAAGAUUCAGACUCGGACAGUGUGUCAUCGGUGGACUAUGACUCGGACACUGACUCCACGUCAGAUGUGUUCGAAGAUCUCGAUUCUUCUGGAGAGUUAUUACUAUCGGUGGUUUUGGGUAACAACACUAACCAAGCAUACAAGAAGCGUGCAGAUUUUGCAACAGAUGAUGAAUAUGCCAUGUAUAUUAGAGACAAUAUACAGGUUGGCAUGUCAAUAAAAUGUUGCCGGGCGUAUGAGGAGGUGCAUGAGGGAGACAUUGGGAAGGUUAUCAAGUUGGACAGAGACGGCCUUCAAGAUUUGAAUAUACAAGCAGACUGGCAGAGAAAGGGUGGUACAUACUGGGUCAGAUAUGUUCAUGUUGAGCUGCAAGGAUUCAUCAAUACAAACUCUAGUAUUAAGGUUGGGGACAAGGUUCGGGUGAAGCCUAGCAUAGUUACACCAACUUACAAAUGGGGUUCAGUGACUCAUCGCAGUGUAGGUACAGUGACAGCCAUUAUAUCUAAUGGGAGAGACAUUACUGUAGACUUCCCUCAGCAGGCUCACUGGACCGGUGUCCUGGACGAGAUGGAGCUUGUACCCAGUACCCACGCUGGAGUCGGAUGUGAUGAAUGCAGUAUGUUUCCCAUUGUCGGGGUUCGUUACAAGUGUCGUGUGUGUGACGACUUUGAUUUCUGUGAGAACUGUUUUAAAACCAAGAAACAUAGGCAUCCAUUCAGUAGAAUAGCUGAACCAGGUGGUCUACCAGUACCAGCGGGUAAACCAGGAAAACAGAAGAAGAGACCAGUUUAUCCUACAAGCGGUUCUCUGAUUGAAGACUGGCAUAUGUGUGUGAAAAACUUGAGUGUAUCUACACGAGAAAACCAGUCACAUAGAUUGAUCGAGGGCAAUAGUGGCUACUGGCAGAGUGCUGGCUCCCAGGGCAAGCAUUGGAUCCGCAUAGAGAUGCUACCUGAUAUUCUAGUGAAUCGUUUAUUUAUGAGAGUUGAGCCAACAGAUUCCAGUUACAUGCCAUCCCUGAUUGUAAUUAGUGGUGGAGACUCUGUCCAUUCCCUGAAGGAGAUACGAUCAAUCAACAUUGGUUCUUCUGAAUCACUGAUUACCCUCCUGCAGGACUGCUCCGACGUAUGUUUUUAUAGAUCUAUUGCUUUAAACAGUGCAGACAGAGUGGAAAUUGAUUUGUUAAGAUUACACGGUCUGUCUCUCGUCGGACGUUUCCGGUCCGAUGAUGACUCAGCUGCCGGGUUCUCGUUCCUCGCCUCUGACCGUGAAGACGAGGAAGAGGACUCGAGGUUGCUACCAAUACCGUGCGUGAAACGUAAAGUCAAAGGAGCUGGAAAAGAGAUUCAAACCCAUGUCUUCACAUGGGGUUUAAAUGAUAAAGAUCAGCUUGGAGGUCCAAAAGGGUCAAAGAUUAAGUUACCAGUGUUGAAUGAGACAUUAUCAGCUUUGAAGUGUGUACAGAUUGUAGGUGGAUCUAAGUCACUCUUUUGUGUGACCCAGGAGGGGAAGGUUUAUGCCUGUGGGGAGGCUACUAAUGGUAGACUAGGGCUUGGUAUGAAUACAGGGACGGUAUCUGUGCCGAGACAACUUACAGCACUCAGUCAGUAUGUCAUCAAGAAAGUGGCAGUGCAUUCUGGAGGUCGUCAUGCCCUGGCUUUAACUGUGGACGGGAAAGUUUUCUCAUGGGGCGAAGGUGAUGACGGCAAACUUGGUCACUUCAGUAGAAUGAAUUGUGACAAGCCAAGGUUGAUAGAUGCCCUGAAGUCAAAGCGUGUACGAGACAUCUCCUGUGGAAGCUCCCAUAGUGCAGCUAUCACAUCUAAUGGUGACCUUUAUACCUGGGGAUUAGGGGAAUAUGGAAGAUUAGGACAUGGUGAUAACACCACACAGCUUAAACCGAAACAGGUAAAGGAGCUAGCAGGACAGAGGGUUAUACAGAUUGCAUGUGGCAGUAGAGAUGCUCAAACUCUUGCCCUCACUGAUGAGGGACUGGUAUAUUCCUGGGGUGACGGGGAUUUCGGGAAGCUUGGACGUGGAGGUAGUGAGGGGUGUAAUGUUCCCAAGGAGAUUGACAGAUUGAGAGGUCUUGGAGUGACCCAGAUUGAAUGUGGUGCCCAGUUUUCACUGGCAAGAACAAAAUCAGGACAAGUUUGGACAUGGGGCAAGGGAGACUAUUUUCGACUAGGUCACGGGACUGAUGCCCAUGUAAGGAAGCCAACUCUUGCUGAAGGUCUUGUUGGGAAGAAGAUUGUGCAUGUAGCUGUAGGAGCGCUUCAUUGUCUAGCUGUCACAGAAACAGGACAG